GUUCAGUCAGUAGCCACAUGAUGGGAGAAACAUGGGUUUAAUAAGAUCUCUUGUGUUCCUGACUGAGCUAUCCUGUACAUUUGCAUUCUGUUGGAGAUAUAACAGAUCUGAGUUUUCAGAAGUCCAGGAAUUGAGCAUUUCAAACCAAGACUACCUCACAUUUUUUGUGUGUGCAGCACUUUGCAUUGCCAUUCUGUUUAGAGGGCGGAGAAUUGUAGGCUAACUAUAGAAUCUACGAUUGAACAGUACUAUGCUCUCAUUCAAAAUAGUAUGCAAGAACAGACUGGAAGAAAUAUUAAAACUAGUUGAACCAACAGAUCAAUUUCCAGUGAAAGAUCACAAGUGGAUUGUCCAAAAGUACAUUGAGGCACCAUUACUGAUUUAUGAUACAAAGUUUGAUAUUAGGCAAUGGUUUCUUGUGACAGACUGGAACCCCUUGGCAUUAUGGUUCUACAAAGAAAGCUAUCUGAGAUUUUCCACUCAACGUUUCUCCUUAGAUAAUCUGCACAGUUCCAUUCAUCUUUGCAAUAAUGCCAUCCAGAAAAAUUAUAAGAAUCCUACUGACUGCAGUUCACAUUUGCCUUAUCACAAUAUGUGGACAAGCAGCAAAUUCCAAGACUACCUGCAAAAGAGAGGCCAUGGCCACAUCUGCCGAAAUGUGAUCUACCCAUCCAUGAAAAGAAUUUUAAUCUAUACCAUGAAGAUGGCUCAGAACCAGGUUGAAUCACGGAAGAGCAGUUUUGAACUCUAUGGAGCGGAUUUCAUUCUUGGAAAUUCCACCCCCAGGCUGCCCUUAAUGGCCGGUCUAAACAGGGCGAUAGUUUCAUCUUAAGGCCAGCUAAAUCCUCUCUGCUAUUAAUUUCUAUCCUCCUUUACUGGCUGAGUAUACCAGCCUGUCUCUAGUGAUAUACUAGCAAGGACUCUAUUCAGUCAUAUCAUCAAGAUCCACCCAUGCAUGAAGCUCCUCAGCUGAUACCGUUGGAGCAGAAUGGUAGUAUGGUAGUAAA